CAUAUAUUUUAUGUGUCGUUGGGUUGAAUCUUCGACCAUUUGGACAUUUAUGCUGUAAAUAUAACCACAUUAGCUCUUAAAAGCUAGAAAUGGACAGAUAGACAUAUUAUUUUGUUGAAUGUACGGUAUUCAAUCACGGAUGGGUACUCGAUACCGCAGAAGAUCGGCAUUACAGUCGUAGUCGCCAAGCGAAAUGUUUCCCGGGAACAACAACCGUGUCGCGGGAGAACCGCGUGUGCCACAAGAGGGCGCCGUGAGGCCCACCGUAACGACCGUGGCCCCCGGAGGGAUGCAGCAGUUUGUUGUGCAGGCGGGCCCGCGCAUAGGGAGCCCCCAGCUAGCGACGCAGACGUUCGUCCUCGCCGCGCCACAGCCGGUCGUCGGUCAGAUCGUGCGGACGCCGCAGCCGGCGACACUUGUCCAGGUGUCGUCCCCACAGCAGACGCUGAUCGGUCAGGUGCAGCCGUCGAUGAAUGCUGGAGUAAUCAACAUCACCAUGCAGAGUCCGACCCGACACAGGCAGGACGGCGGCAUAGUGCUGUUCAAAAACACUAAUCGGCCUGCGGCUGAGAUGGUAGCAGUGUCGACUUCUGUCCAGGGCGUGCCGCGGCGGCAGCAGGGAGUGCUGGUCAACGUAGGACAGCCAGGACUUCAGGAGACGAUACCAGGAGGCACCGUCCACCACCACGGACAGAGCCCGUCGCGCGGCGGCGUGCCCCCACUCGCUGUCCCUCACACCGUCACCACGGCAACGACGCAGCAGCAGCGGCGCGCGAGUCCCGUCGCCGCGGCGACCACGUCGCUCGUCGGGCAGCCUCCGGUGAAGCGUCUGAAGUACGAGGAGGAGGAGGAAGAGGAGGAGGAGGAGGUAAAGGAUGCGGCGACGCUGCGUGGGCUCGUGCACGAACAGAAGGUGAAGGAGCUUCCCUUGCUGAAGGAGCUGUACAACGAGCACAUGAUCGAGCUGUUCUACCUGCAGACGGGAGGAAACAUGAUGGACUACGUCGCGAUGAAGAGGAAGCCGACGCCUCAGCUGCUCACCUUCCUCAAGACGAACAAGCUGGACAGCGAUGACGAGGAGGAGGAGGUCGUGAAGAAGGAGGUGAAGCUGACGAGCGGAGGGACGGCCGUUGCCAUGUCAACGUGCCUGCCUCCCGAGGUCAGCCAGCUAGUGCAGAAGUGCCAACAAGGUAUCGUCACCACCGCCUUACACACCUCCGCAGGUACCGUCACCUCCACCUUACACACAAUAGUGCAGGUAUCGUCACCACCGCCUUACACACCUCCGCAGGGCUCCCGCGGCGGCAGCGGAGGCGGGGGGUCAUCGCUGGCGCAGGCCGUGCAGGCACACCUGAAGGCCACGAUCACACCACAGCGACUGCUCACACGCCAGCACUCCAUCUCAUCCGUCUACGACAAAUCCAUCGGCUCCGAGGAGGAGAUAGUGGAGCGAGCAAAGCAGGAGGCGCAGGUGAUGCAGCGAGUGUCGGAGCUACGUAAGCAGGGGCUGUGGUCGGCCAAGCGCCUGCCCAAGGUGCAGGAACCACAGCGAGCGAAGGCACACUGGGACUACCUGCUCGAGGAGAUGGCCUGGAUGGCCACCGACUUUGCACAGGAACGCAAGUGGAAGAUGGCGGCCGCGAGAAAGCUGGCGUGGGCCGUGGCGAAGUAUCACAAGGAUCAGCAGGAGAAGGAGAAGAGAGCGGAGAAGGAGGAGCAACACCGACUACGCCGCAUCGCAAACUCCAUCGCACGCGACAUUCGACAGUUCUGGUCCAACAUCGAGAAGGGCGUGCCACGGCGGCAGCAGGGCGUGCUGGUCAACGUAGGACAGCCAGGACUUCAGGAGACGAUACCAGGAGGCACCGUCCACCACCACGGACAGAGUCCGUCGCGCGGCGGCGUGCCCCCACUCGCUGUCCCUCACACCGUCACCACGCCUCCGGUGAAGCGUCUGAAGUACGAGGAGGAGGAGGAAGAGGAGGAGGAGGAGGUAAAGGAUGCGGCGACGCUGCGUGGGCUCGUGCACGAACAGAAGGUGAAGGAGCUUCCCUUGCUGAAGGAGCUGUACAACGAGCACAUGAUCGAGCUGUUCUACCUGCAGACGGGAGGAAACAUGAUGGACUACGUCGCGAUGAAGAGGAAGCCGACGCCUCAGCUGCUCACCUUCCUCAAGACGAACAAGCUGGACAGCGAUGACGAGGAGGAGGAGGUCGUGAAGAAGGAGGUGAAGCUGACGAGCGGAGGGACGGCCGUUGCCAUGUCAACGUGCCUGCCUCCCGAGGUCAGCCAGCUAGCGCAGAAGUGCCAACAAGCGAAGCAGUCGUCCGGGGGCAGGCACGGCAUGGUGUACAGCGGAACGUCGUCGUCGUCGCAGGCUUCCUCCGGCGCCGGGCUGUCACCGCGAUCAUCCGAGCAGCAGCAGGGUCGCACCACGCAGUCACACGUCCCCAGCCACCCGCCGCCACCGCCUUACACACCUCCGCAGGCCAGUGACAUGCCCAUCGAGGAGCUGUAUAAGAAGUACGCGGGAGCCUACAGAGAAGGCUUCAGCGUGCCGGCGAGCAGCAGCCACAGCGGCACUCAAGAAGAGGAUGAAGAGGAGGAGGAAGAGGAAGAAGAAGAGGAGGAGGAGGAGGAGGAUGAGGAGGAGGAGUCAGCUAGCGAGGCGCAGGAUGAUGAUGGCAUGAAGGACGUUGGUCUGGACUACCUCAUGAAGAUGGACACGGAAUCCGAGUCGGCCACACCCGCGUCCACGAAGGAAGGGGAGCCUAAGGAGAUCACUGAUAUUGCCGCGCAGGUGCAGAGUCUGCAGCCGACCGGUUACACGUUAUCAACAACCCAGGUACGCACAUCCUCCUUACCUGUUAUCACAUACAACACAGGUACGCACAUCCUCCUUACCUGCCAUCACAUACAACACAGGUACGCACAUUCUCCUCACCUGCCAUCACAUACAACACAGGUACGCACAUUC